UUGCAAAAGUUGCAAAAAGAAAAGGCAAAUUUGCAAAGUCAGUUGUCCGACUAUGAAGACCGUGUUACAGCAAUGUCCUCACACUUGAAAAAUGUCAAACAGGAGUUUGAUUUGACACAAUCUCUUUUCAGAGCCAGGCAGAAUGAAAUAGAAACUGAGCAACAUUUUAAAGCUGUUGCAGAGAGAGAAGUGGGCCGCCUGAAGACUGAGAUUCAAAAGCUGGAAAAUGAUGUGGUUUCACUAAGAGAGAAGAAAAAUAGUCAGGAAAAUAAUGUUUUCAAGCUGAGUCAGAAACUGGACGCCUUAAGGUCUCAAAUGAACUGGGACCAACAAGCUUUAGAGGCUUGGUUGGAAGAAUCUGCUCAUAAAGAUAAUGAUGCACUUACAAUCCAGAAAUAUGCACAACAAGAUGAUGGAAAAUUAAGA